ACCGUGAAGGUGCACAAGUGGAUUGAAGUGUUUAUUUCAAAACUUAUCCCUGGAAUAACUUUUCGCAAUACGUGUUGAAUGAAGUCGCCCAGCCGCUUCAGACAGACCGGGACGGCAUCUGUAGUUGUUCUCCAGCAGUUGUUUUAGGGUUCACUUUCCGUUCUCUAUGGACGAAACUGUGGACAGAGCGGUUGAGGAGCGGGAGGGAUCCACGCGUUGGUCUGUUCGGUCUGGCGCUUACCUCAGCGGAGAGGACGAGACCCGCGACACUCACGGGGCUCCCAAACAACAAGCUGACGACGAGCCCUCCCUGCCACUUAGGGAUUUCUAUCCAUAUAUUCGCUGUGCCCUUUGCAAUGGAUUUUUCAUUGAUGCCACCACCAUUACAGAGUGUCUUCACACUUUUUGUAAGAGCUGCAUUGUCAAGCACUUUUUCUACAGCAACAGGUGUCCGAACUGCUCUAUUGUUGUACAUCAGACACAACCACUCUACUGUAUCAGACCUGACAGACAAUUACAAGACAUUGUUUUCAAGAUGGUUCCAUAUUUGGAAGAAGAUGAAAGGUCACGAAUAUGUGCAUUUUAUAGACUGAGAGGGCUUGAAGUUCCUAAACCAGUGGCAUCACCGGCUGCAUACCCAGUGAAACUGCCUCAGAGACAGAAGAAAGACCUGGUGCCUCAGUCUGUUUUUACUAUUCCCUCAGAGCUGGAUGUGUCUCUGAUGUUGGAGUUUGUGGGAGCUGAGAAGGGUGUAGAGAACUAUAAGCCACUUGAGAGGAAGUAUGUGCGUGUGUCUGGGGAAGCUACUGUCCGUCACGUGGAGCUUUUUAUCAGAAGGAAGAUGGAGCUGAGUCAAAAUUGCAAGGUUGAUGUUGUGUGUGGAGAGCAUAUUCUCGAACAAUACCAGUCUUUGAGAGAAAUUUAUAACACCAUGGGUAAAAAGGCAUUGCAGGAUGGCAUGCUGGUUCUGCAUUUUGGACUCGUUCUGCCUACUCAGUAAAGAGAGAUUACAAAAGACAAACUACGGUGAUAAAUACAGUCCGCAGUGCUAUUUUGAGGGCUAAAGUGACAUUUAUCAUACCACAGUGAACCUAUGCAUUGAAUUUUUGUCUUCCUGGUUGCCUUUUUUCAACAAAUGCAUUAAGAAACAUCAGCACUGAUGAAUUAUUUCAAGCAAAUACUGUUUUUAACACUUUCCAAAGCUGUGAAGUUUCUGUAGAUGCUAUUUUAAAUGUUUGCGCAUGAACAACAUUCAUUAUUUCAUGCCUUAUCUCAAAGAAUGUUGUUUUUGCAUAUCAGUUAAGGGUAAAAUGCAUUGUGCCUUUAGAUCCGCAGACAAAUGGUUCGGUUAAAAAAAAAAUUUCACUGAAAUAUCUGUACAUUAUUUGAAUUUUUAUAUUCCUAUAUGAUUUUAUUCUGCGCAAGAACAAAGGUGUUCUCUAGUUUCAUUGCCUUUCUCUCCUUGACUCUUCUAGGGAGGUUUAAUUGUUUCUGUCUAUUUUUCUUUGUUCAUUUAAGAUGAAAAUGUUUGUACUACUUUAUACUUGCCAUAUUGUGUUGUUUUCAGGGCCUUCAGUGGGAAAAAAAGUAUUUUGAAAUGUUUUUUUUAAACAUCUUUACAAAUAAAUGUAAAUCUGUGCAUGGCCAAUCAGAUCACAUUGCAUAACAAUACAAUGCAAA